AUGCCCACAUCCAACCUGCCUUCGUUCUCCCUUCACCCAGCACAUCAGCAGUUUGAGGGUCAAGAUGUCGCCAUCCUCGACCUCCCAAUGUUCCAGUACCCGAUAGACCCCUCCCACCCCGAGCCCCUGCCCGACGAUGUUGCAGGCACUCUCAAUCAGCCAGCGCCGGGGACGGACCCGGCAGCGGCGGUAGAUGCGCUCGACGCGAGAGACGGCACCCCACCAGGCCUCCAUCGUGGCAUACCGCGCAUCUCGCGCUCCGCCUCGAUGCCGCUCCCUUCCCAGCUCGGCCAGCUCGCCCAUCCGCGACGAGGCAGGCCAAAGGCGAAGGCCGAUGCGCUGAGGACCAUGAGCGCGAACGUCGACGAAGUCUCCAUGGAGCUCGCCGACUCCGUGUCAAUGAUCGUGCAGACCAUGCUGCAAGUCUCGCCGCCCCAGGUGCUCGAGUCCGCCAAGGAGUCCUUCUCCGCGUGCACGCUCUCCGUCCCGACGGCGUCAAUGUCCGCCAUAUUCACCUCGCUCAAGUACAUGAACUACUUUGCCGGGAACAUGUCCACCAUGUGCGGCGACAAGGGCAAAUCGCCCGUCAGAGGCGCAGACCUGGCCGACUUUGACAUCGGGGAGAUGCUGCAGGAUGUCGGGGACGCCCUCGGCGGGCUCGCUGCUUAUCACGGCGUCGACCUCGUGCUUUUCCACGGCGAUGUCGGUCUGAAGCACGAGUACGUCAAGGGCGACGAGACCGGGCUUGCGUUCGCGGUGACCCAGCUUGUUCGUCAUGUUUUGCACACCUGCAAAGAACAUGAUACCAUAGAAUUGGGCCUUUUCGUGAGGCCGGUCGGUGGCGACCCCCCUUCUCCGGACGAGGAUGAAGAUGACACUGGAUCCCUACUUUGCUCUAUCGAGAUCACGCAUGUCUUCGGCCCAGGGUUCUCUGAGACGACACCCUCUGAACACCCCGACGAAUCACUGGAAGAUGAACCUCUCCGUCCCGCACCCACAUUCCCCACCGCACUACAUCGACUGCUCAACCAUCUCGACGUUACUUUCGAGCAGGACUGCCCCCGCUCGGAUCCCUCUGGACCUGGGCACACCUCGCGCGUCUCUUUUCAAUUGGAUCGUGGCGUCCCUUCUUCCCCCUCACCUACACCACUACCGGAUGUCCCCGGCCUCGAUGGAGACCGAGCGGCGUCCGAACCCACUCUUGACGAGCUCUUCCGAUUCAUCGAAACACUGCGCGGCAAGAAGGUCUCCCUUUAUUCGGAUCGAGAAGGCUCAUUUGCACAUCAUCUGACGAGCUACUUGUCUGCCUGGGGUUUAGAUGUCAGUCAUAUGUCUGAUGCACCAGAAGAAGAGGGGCAGGCUUCUCCCUCGUCCCAGGCGGACGCGAUGAACGAUCCUCUGGCUUUCGCUCCUCAGUACUCUCCCAAAGGCUCGCCGACAACGGAACAACAGCAGAUCAAUCCACAGCCGGCGAGCUUCGUAAUCAUUGACGACGAUAUCGAUGUCUUACGCGAGCGCUUGCAACUCUGCAGGAUGCAACAGUGCUCUCCUUUUGCGCCUGCCAGGACAAACAAGCGCCCAUCUCUCGCCAACAACCAUCGCCCACGGUCCUCUCCUGCCGUCAACCGUAUCUUGGGCGCGACCGGCUUCACUCCCCAGCCUCCACCACCAUCUGCUGUCUUCGUCCACUUCACAAGUCUCGCCAACUACAAGAUGGUCAAGGACGUGAUGCAGUCCAUCCUUUCUUCCUACAACGCGCCGCCGCCCGAGGUCAUGAUCAUACCCAAGCCUGCUGGACCCCGCCGCUUCCUGACAGCACUCUACAACGCUGUCAAGAAGCCUAUCGUCGACCCUAUGUUUGCGCCCAUCGCGACGUCGCCGAUGAGCCCGGGUGUGCACAUGCAACAGACGUACUUUACCAGCGCAGCCGGCCCGACCCCAGGUGGCGGACCCGGGCCCCGCGCCUCCCCCACCCAUGUCCAUCGCCCAUCAAGCUCGCGCGCCAGCUCCGACCGCACAAACAGGACACUGAAGGACUUCGUUGACCCGUCUUCGCAUGCGGUUCCGCCCUCUCCACUCGGCAUGCACGACGGUAACGACUACUUCGCGCCGGACAAACUGCUCGAGGUACAGGGCACGAAGCCUUUGUCGACGGGCACAAUCCUGCAAUUCCAGAACGGCCAGCCAGCGGGCAUCUACUUCGACCCGAAGGGCAAGUCGUCGGGUAUCACGCCGCCAGAGACACCGGAGAUGGAACGCUCGGUGGAGCGCGCAUCGGGGAGGCCGUCGUCGUUGGCGAGGCGGACGACGUUCCAGGAGGCGAGUCGCACUGGGCAGUCACCGGCAGCGACGCCCAAGCCAAGGAGGCGGCUGACGUCGCGGGAGAAUGAGGGUCUGCCAGGGCCAGCGUCGCCGACGAUGGAGAGGAAGGGAACGGGUAGGCGAUCGACGCCGACGGCUGGGAAGGGCAAGGAGCGGAGGAUUGUGCCGCCGGUCAGGGUGCUGAUCGUCGAUGAUAACCCCAUCAACCGAACCAUCUUGCAGACGCAGAUGAAGAAGCACAACAUUGGGCACGAUACGGCGAGCAAUGGUCAGGAGGCAGUCGAGAAGUGGAUGACCGGGCACUUCGACAUCAUUCUUAUGGACAUCAGGAUGCCCGUCAUGGACGGCUUACAAGCGACGCAGAAAAUCCGCGCGAUGGAGGAAGAGGGCAUGUACCGUCCACCAGCCGGCGACUAUCCACUGCCAUCCCCAGCGUCGCGCUCACCCUACCGCUCCUCCGUGAUCAUCGUCGCCUUGACGGCCUCUUCCUUCGACGCCGACGACCGAAGGGAGGCGCUCGGGGCUGGUUGCAACGACUUCCUGCUCAAACCUGUCUCCCUCGCCUGGCUGUACGACAAGAUCAUGGAGUGGGGAUCCAUCAAGGCGCUGCAGAUGUGUGCGGAUCCGGACAGGGAUACAACGCCCGGGACAAUGGGUUUGCUUGGCCUUGCGACGUCAGCGGCCCCCCUUGCGAAGGCGCAAGCGGCAGCUCAGGCGGUUGCAGAGCGCUUGACGUUGCCGGCGACGAGGAACGCGACGCCGAGCCCUACGCGCGGAGGCAGCAGCGGCGCUAAUCGUCAGGUGAUGCAACCGACUCCGCGGAAAGCGCGCGAUACCUUGUCGGCGUCGUCGACGUAUAGCUAUGGUGCGGCUUUGGCACGGGAGACGGAGAGGACGUCGAGCUUGGAGUCGACUUCGUCGCUGACACCGAGGGCGGCUCAGGGCGAAAGCCCGAACGGGCACGCGAUGGUGACGAGCGAUGUGCCUAUGUCAACAACACCAGAGCCAAUGUCAACCACACCCGAGCCUAUGUCGACGACGCCUGAGCCAUCACCUUCCGAGUACGAUACUGCACGCACGUCUUCCGAACCGCCGACUUCGACGUCCACACGGUAUGGCACGCCGGAGUCUGCGCCGGACGCGCAUAUUUCGCCAGACCCGCUCUCCCUGUCUGCACCGAGCUCGCGAGCAACUUCAGAGAGUCGAUCCCCGCCAGCGUCCGAGCUGGAACGAGGUACGGUCUCUGUCAAGCUCAUCCUAAUCGGCUGA